AUCAUUUUUAUGGUUCAAUUGUAAUGAAUUCUCAUAUUCUAUUAUAGGGAUGAAAAGAAGCAACUAGCAAUUAGCAAUCUUGCACUUCUCAUGAUAGAAAUCGUUCUAUUAACUGAAUAUUCUUAUAUGAAUGAACAUCCUCAUCGAAAUCAAAAUUUGACCUAUGUGAGAUUCGCAAUUUCCGGAUAAGUUUUCAUGAUGCUCGCCUUUAUGGGGUUGGUUGCAACUUACUUCUUCUAACACAAAUACAUAAAAUUUGGAAUCUAUGGAAGUCUAUUGUUAGGUUUUAUAUUAGUUUUUAUCGGUAUGAUAGUUGGGGCAAAAUAGGUAAUCCAUUUUUAUAUAAAUUUAGUAUAAAGGUGGUUAUGACACCAUUGCAUCAACUUGGUGGAUUGAAGUAGGAUUAACUAUCUUAGGCUUUUUGAAUUUCAUCCGAGCCUUUAGUAAUGAACCAUAACUUAAUGAAGAGUAUCAGAGAUAAGUGUGAGAUUUAUUCAUAUGCAAUCAAUUCUACAAAUU